CUCCUGAGUUGCUGGGUGGAAGAGGCACCAUUACCAUCCGUGUUUAUAAAACUUGACAUCUCAAUAAAUAAGAUUCUCAGAAAACAUCUGUAUCAGAGACAGUGGGCAAUAAGUAGAUGAAGCCAAAGAUGAGACCAGAUGCUUCUUCAUGUGAGAGAAAGCAGGCUGCUACCAUGAACAUGACCAGGAAUGUCGAAGGCCUUCUGGCUUUGAGCCAGCAGGAAGAACUAGUGGAUUUGUCAAACAACUACCCAGUGAGUACAAGUGAAGAUGAGGGGGACAGUGAUGGAGAAAGAAAAUGUCAAAAGCUUCGGGAAGCAAUCUGUUCCCUUGGUGGAAAGAGUAGGUGGAAAUUGGCAGAGAGAUCUGAGGCUAGUCUGAUGGUGUCAGAGUUCAAUGUCACUUCUGAAGGAUCAGGUGAAAAGCUUGUCCUUUCAGAUUUGCUUGGGUCUGCUACCGCAUUAUCUUCAUUGGCUGCUGUGAAAAAACAACUGCUGAGAGUCAAGUCAAAGACUCUUGCGAUACCACUUAACAAAGAAGAGGCUGACCGGAUCAUCAGGGAAGCAGCAUUCAGCAAAACCUCACAAAUGCUCUCUAAGUGGGAGCCUGUUGUUGUGAAGAACCGGCAAGCAGAGCAGCUGGUUUUUCCCAUAGAGAAGGAGCUACCAAUUGUUGCUCCCAUUGAACAUGUGUUCACUGGCUGGAAAGCAAGAACCCCUCUGGAGCAAGAAGUUUUUAACCUCCUUCAUAAGAACAAGCAACCAGUAACAGACCCUUUAUUGACUCCGAUGGAAAAAGCUUCCAUCAAAGCCAUGAGCCUGGAAGAAGUCAAGACACGCCGAGCAGAGCUUCAGAGGGCACGAGCUCUGCAGUCCUACUAUGAGGCCAGAGCUCGAAGAGAGAAGAGAAUCAAAAGUAAAAAGUAUCACAAAGUUAUAAAGAAGGGAAAGGCCAAGAAAGCCUUAAAAGAAUUUGAGCAGCUGUGGAAGGACUGCCCAAGUGCUGCAUUGCAAGAACUGGAAAAAAUAGAAAAGGCCAGAGUGAUGGAGCGGAUGAGCCUUAAGCACCAGGGUAAUGGUAAAUGGGCAAAGUCAAAGGCAAUUAUGGCCAAAUAUGACCUGGAGUCUCGUCAAGCUAUCCAAGAGCAACUGGCUAAGAACAGAGAACUGACACAGAAACUCCAGAUAGUUAGAGAGAGCGAGGAAGAGGAGGGAUGCACAGAAGAGGGGGUAACCCCGGUCUCUGAUGGAAUGAAUGACCUACAGUUGAAUGCAGCUGGUCUAAAUCCCUGGAUGCUCAGGAGUUGGAACAGCAAUGCCGAAGGAGGUGAGAUCAGUACCAGUCCUGAACAGCUACCUGAACUGGUGGCCCAUAGGUCUUAUGAAAGUGAGGGAGAUGAAAGACCAGUGGCAGAACAACUUCUGUUGAAAGAAAGAUCUUUUCAAGAAAGGGUUGAUCCCAAUAAUGCUAAGCCAAUGGAUGGCCAAGAAACAGAAAACUCUAAUAACCAGGAGCUGUUACCUGGUUCCAGGGUAUUGUUUCAGAAACCCAACAAGGAAAGCCAUCAACCUGAGAUCCACCAGAUGAGUUCAGUGGGAACUGUUCUCCGUAUUCAGAGAGAGGAACCAGCCCCAGAGGAUUCUGUGGUGCCUCAAAGGCUGGAGAGAGCCUGUGCUCUGGAACAAGGAGAGUUGGGCAAAGAGGGACAUUAUCAAAUAAAGGAACUUUCAGGACCUUUGCCGAAAGGAGAGUGGAAGGAGAGUAGCUCACAUAGUAAGCCUGAUGCCUCUGGAAGGAAGAGGAAGAAGGAACAAAUGAUUGACCUACAGAACCUCCUAACUACUACAUCUUAUUCUGUGAAGUCUUUGGCAAUGCCCACGACAGAAGAUUUGGAAGAUGAAGUGGAGACAGACAAUAAGCAAAUGAUAAAGGAAGCUUUUGCUGGGGAUGAUGUCAUAAGAGAGUUUUUAAAAGAGAAAAGGGAAGCUAUAGAGGCAAAUAAACCAAAGGACUUGGACCUGACAUUGCCUGGAUGGGGUGAGUGGGUUGGUAUGGGCCUGAAGCCCAGUGCCAAGAAAAGACGCCAUUUUCUUAUUAAAGCUCCCAAAAGUUCUCCAAGAAAAGACAAGAAUUUACCCAAUGUGAUUAUCAGUGAGAAGCGCAACAUCCAUGCAGCUGCUCAUCAGGUGCGGGUUGUUCCACACCCAUUCACCCACCACAAGCAAUUUGAAAGGACUCUCCAGAACCCUAUUGGGUACACAUGGAACACCCAGAGGGCCUUCCAAACGCUGACAGUUCCCAAGGUUAGCACCAAACUAGGCCAUAUCAUUAAUCCCUUAAAGGCAGAAAAUGUGGGCUACUGCUCUUCCUCAAGGUCUGACCUCUCUCUCCUGCAGAGCGGUAGGAAGCAGCUCUCCAGAAAGCAGCAAACACAGCUGAAGAAAAGCUCUGCAGAUUGAGCUGCCAGAGGAGUAGUGUCUUUGUUCCUGGGACUAGGAACCUCUAGUAUUUCUCUCAGUUUCAUCAUAGUGCUUUGGCGGCAUUUUUCUAAAUUGACAGAACACUGUAGUUAAGCCACAUUGUAUAAAUAAGGCAUUCCAUUUUGAGAUGUAUCCUAUAUUCAGAAAUGAUUCGUUCAUGGGAAGAAUGACUACCAUAAUGUAGAGAACCUGUGUAGUACCUAUCCUGGGGUUAGGGAGUGAUCAGUGAGUGGAAGUUCAGGCUGGGACUGGGCAGCGGAAGCAUGGGCAGCAAAGGA